CGAAGCCGCUACUAUCAUGUAAAGGCCAUAGCACAAUGUAGUGAGGCCAGUUACGCUGUGACUCAGCUGCUAUGCACGCACCAGCACUCCUUAAAAAGAUAGUCACUUAUUAAGGCAUGUUUGAGCCAUAUUGAAUAAAAAUGGUUGGGCUUCAAGUUGUGGUCUCGGCAUUGUUGCUGGUUGCAUACCACGCUGCAGCAGCUAGCUCGGGACCGAUUCUGACGGAUUUCAACUGCAGAAAGAUUGCUUUCUACAAGACUCACAAGACGGGAUCCACUACCGUGGGCGGUAUCAUGUUUCGGGCAGCAGUGCAUGCCAACAUGUCAAUUUACACCACCAAAUCCCACUAUGUCACGGUGGGCUAUAGGGAGACCGCCCAUCUGAUGGGCAAGACCGAUAUGGUCUUGCGCCACAUCAGGUAUUCAGCCGCGUCCAACUGGCACCUCGCUACUCGGAGCUUCUACAGUCGGGCCCUGGGCACAUCUGACUACGGCUUCCUCACCGUGCUACGGAACCCUGUUGACCGCUACGUCAGCGACUUCUACUACUUUGUGGAGCCCGAGGCGCGCGCCGCGGGUCGCCCCCUCACCCUGUCGGCCCACGUGGAGGCGGGUGCGGGCGCCAACCGCAUGGCCGGGGAGUUCGGGCUGCUGCAGCAGCAGCGGGGCAGCGGCAGCGGAGGAAGAGGAGGCGAAGGCGGCGGGGAGCAGCAGGUGCUGGAGUUUGCGGCGGGGGAGAUGCACACGGACGGCCUCUACCUGCCGGUGGAGCUGCUGGACUACGGACUAGCGCUGCUGGGGGCGCGCUGCGGCUGGGCGCUGGAGCAGCUGCUGUACCUGCCCGUCAACAGCAACACGGCCGGAGCUGAGAGGUACGGCAACGUCAAGCUGGCUGCUCGUCCAAACAUGGAGGAGCUAGCGGCACAGGAGCCGGAGCUGCUCACACGCAUCGCGCGACUCAACUCCCUGGAUGCCGUACUGUACGGCGCAGCGCAGGGCCUCAUGCUGGGUCGGUUGGCGGUUGGCGGCGCGGCGGCGGCGGCGGGCGUCAUGGGCGCGGCGGUACGGCUGACGGCGGCGCGGAAGCGCCUGGAGGCCGAGUGCCGUACACUGACGUCACGUUGGCGUUUGAACAACAGCACUGAGGGCACUGCGGCGGCGGCUGGUCGUACGGCAGCGCUUGCUUCUGAGGAAGUGCAGCUAGCGGGCGUUUGCUCCUGGUAUUCCCUAGUCGACAGUGUGUACGAGAAAUUACCCAACGAUAAAACAGGGUAUGUAACACCGGAGACGCUGGUUCCGUACGGCGCCGUCGGGCUGUCGGCGGCGCCGCCUUCGUGGCCGGUCGUGGGGGAGGUAUUACGUGCCGCGCAGCGGCAUCUGGCGGUGGCGGCGGACCCGUCCGUGUCGUACUAUCACACCCUGGUCGCAGUCAGGGUGCGGCCGCCGACGCCGGCGGAAGCGGAGGAGCUGUACGGCAUCAGCGGCGGAGGUGCUGGUAACGGCGGCGGGGGCGAUGCAGCGGAGGAUGCGGUCUUGGCUGCAGCCGUUCGGGUGUGGACGCAGCACCACGCAGCUGAGGGCGCUGACCACCUGGUGUUCUGCGUUGACGGCGGUGGGGAUAUGACGUCGGGAGUACGAGUGGAGGUCGUACGGCAGUCAGCUGCGGCGGCGCUGGCCGGCUCCUCCUUGACCGGCUACACCACGUUUGAGGUGACGGCAUGCGAUGGCGGAGAUCACGACGCCGGCGGCGGCGGCGGCGAGAGCGGCGGGAGCGGUUUAGAAUCUUCAUCAACCCUGUUGGGCGAUCUGGUCUCCAGGUCUCGGUGGUCAACGGAGCUGCCAGGACUGUCGUACUUCCUACACGGCAACCGAGGUACCGUACGGAGUGUGCUGCUGUCGUACGAGGUGGCCGUACCUGCCGCCGGGGGCAUCUGUGCGCCGACGGUGCCCUGGCGAGUGGAGUCUGAGGGGAGCGGCGAGGGACGGCAGCGGCGGCGGCGGCGGCUUGUGGCGGCUGAGCAGGGUACGGAUGAGGACCUUGAGGGCGGCGAAGAGGACGGCGGCGCAAGCAGCGAUGAGGGCGAUGAUUCCAGCUCACGGCAACCCAGCGAGUGCAUUCGGCUGCCCUGCACGCCUGGCGUGACAGGCAGUCAGCCCGCAUUGCCCUGCACCAUACUGCGCAGCCUGCCACUACUCGGCCUCAAGCGUACGUUCUCGUCCAACGGCCGUACGGAGCUGCCGUACGGCAAGACCAAGGUACCGUACAAGCUGUCUUCCUCGUCGCCUUCCUCAUACAAUGGGUUCGAGGAGUACCGGCUCCAAGUCAGCCAGCUGCUGCCGGCAUCCGGGGCUGAUGAGCAGCAACAACAACGCGCUGAGCAACCUGGUGACGAUGUGGGCGAUGAUGAGGGUGAGGGUGGGGGUAAUGCGGGUAGCCGGGAUGAGGAGCGGGG